GCGCGGCAGCAGUAGAUAGGAGCACCGCGCGUGAGCAGCGCCGCCCGCCAUUUUACAUUAUUGGGAAUCAAGCGGAGCUCCGCCGGGGAGUCACUCACCGCCCCCAGAACACCGAAUUAGCCCAGACAGACCCGAAAACAGCCGCUCAACAUCGCCAGAUUUCUGGAGACAUGGCCACAGAACAUAUUAAUGGGAAUGGUACAGAAGAACCAAUGGACACGGCUGCUGCAGUUACCCAUUCUGACCACUUCAACACUUUAUUAGAAGCUGGUUUACCACAAAAAGUUGCUGAAAAGCUAGAUGAAAUUUACCUAGCAGGCCUGGUGGCACACAGUGACCUGGAUGAGAGGGCCAUCGAAGCACUGAAAGAGUUCAAUGAAGAAGGUGCACUGCAAGUUCUCAUCCAAUUCAAAGAGAGCGAUCUAUCCCAUGUGCAAAACAAAAGUGCCUUUCUCUGUGGAGUGAUGAAGACCUACAGGCAGAGAGAGAAACAGGGGACCAAAGUUGUAGAAUCUACUAAAGGACCAGAUGAGGCAAAAAUUAAGAUUUUGCUUGAGAGAACCGGCUACACCCUUGAUGUCACCACAGGUCAGCGCAAGUAUGGUGGCCCGCCGCCAGAGUCCGUCUACACAGGCGCUCAGCCCACCGUGGGGACAGAGAUCUUUGUUGGGAAGAUCCCGAGGGACCUGUUUGAAGACGAACUCGUGCCUCAGUUUGAGAAGGCAGGGCCGAUCUGGGACCUGCGUCUGAUGAUGGAUCCUCUGAGUGGCCUGAACAGGGGCUACGCUUUUCUCACUUUCUGCACUAAAGAGGCUGCACAGGAGGCUGUCAAGCUGUGUAACAAUCAUGAAAUUCGCCCGGGCAAACACAUUGGCGUGUGUAUAUCUGUGGCUAACAACAGACUCUUUGUGGGCUCCAUUCCCAAGAGCAAGACAAAAGAGCAGAUUGUCGAGGAGUUCUCCAAAGUCACAGAGGGUCUUACGGACGUGAUCCUUUACCAUCAGCCGGAUGAUAAGAAGAAGAACCGAGGCUUCUGCUUUCUGGAGUACGAGGACCACAAGACUGCAGCGCAGGCUCGCCGUCGGCUGAUGAGCGGGAAGGUGAAGGUGUGGGGCAAUCUGGUCACAGUGGAGUGGGCUGACCCGAUCGAGGAUCCCGACCCAGAGGUCAUGGCAAAGGUCAAAGUGUUGUUUGUCAGGAACCUGGCCAACAGCGUCACUGAGGAAAUACUUGAAAAAGCCUUUGGCCAGUUUGGCAACCUGGAGCGAGUGAAGAAACUGAAAGACUACGCCUUCGUCCACUUCAACGACAGAGACGGAGCGGUGAAGGCGCUGACUGAAAUGAAUGGUAAAGAUCUGGAGGGAGAGCACAUUGAGAUCGUGUUUGCCAAGCCCCCCGAUCAGAAGCGCAAGGAGAGGAAGGCGCAGCGUCAAGCAGCGAAGACACAAAUGUAUGACGAUUACUACUACUAUGGGCCUCCUCAAAUGCCGCCUCCUGCCAGGGGCCGUGGCAGGGGUGCCAGCCGUGGCGGUUACUCCUACCCGCCAGACUAUUACGGCUAUGAAGAUUACUACGAUUACUAUGGUUACGAUUACCAUAACUACAGGGGUGGCUACGAUGACCCGUACUUCGGCUACGAUGAUUUCCAGGCGCCCGCUCGAGGCCGAGGGGGCCGCGGCAGUGCCAGAGGUGGGACAUCCCCUGCGCGUGGCAGAGGGGCCAGCGCUCCACGGGGCAGGGCAGGCUUCCCGCAGCGCGGAGGUGCCGGGGCCGGGCCGGGAGCCAGCAGGGGAAUGCGCGGAGGAGCCAGAGGCGGUGUUCUGCCGAGAGGGCGCGGGGUACGUGGUGCUCGGGGUGGACGCGGUGGAAAUGUAGGAGGCAAGCGCAAAGCCGAUGGCUACAACCAGCCAGAUUCCAAACGGCGCCAGACCAUUAAUCAGAACUGGGGCUCGCAACCCAUUGCACAGCAACCCUUGCAAGGUGGCGAUCAUUCUGCAGGGCAAGGGGCUGGAGGCUGGUCCUGACAUGUCCCAGUGAAGACUGACUCUAGAUCAGUGGGCUCACGCCGGCCCGGCCGCAGUCUGCGGAUGUGACGGUAAGGUCCGAUCCAUGGCGCAACUCUCCGUUCCUGCCUUACGGAAGCAAAUCCUCUCCCCGUCUGCCUCCGAGAUCAACGCAAUUAGACCCGUUUGGACUCCUCUUCUUCUUCAUGUAUCUUUUUGUAUUUAAUUUUUAUUUGAACAAUUACGUAAGAAUGAACCCUUGUGUCAUGAUGAUGAACCCAAGCAAAACGUAACAAGAGAAAUGCCAUUUUUACAGUUACUUCUGGAGGUGGGAGUAGCCCAAAGGAGUUUUAUCCUUAACGUUACAUGUCUUUUGCACUUUGUAGAUGUUUUGAAGUGGUUUGGAGGAGCUUUUGUUUUGAUGCUGUUGUAUAUUUUAAAGUGCGGCUUAUCAUGAGGACGAUCGUGUUAAGCUUGUGUAUUUGAGUCUUGCGUGUUUUUGUUGUUUUUACCAUCCUCUUCAGUUUGUUGCGACCUGGCGUGAUGUGACCAGGCAUUCCAGGUUUAAAUGGUUCUUUUGGGAACUGUUUUGUUUAUUUUUUUUUUUGGAAAGGGUUGGUUAACUACCUCAUCCUGGAGGCUGAAACUGCCCUAUCUGUACUGUACAUAUGGAGACUUAAUGCAAGCAGGGCUUUUUAUAUUCAACUUAUGCACAAGGGCAACAUCAGAGCCAAUGUACCUAGUGUAUAUAGUCCUUUUGUACAAAGACAAAUGCUGAACAGUCAGACUGGGCAUGUGAAUGACACUCAUGUGAUGAGUCUAAAGAAGCCUGCGCUGCGUUCUCAGCUCACGAUGAGGGUUUAAUCUCAAUCGCUGAGGAAAACGAGCAACUGAGGAGCUUGGGUCCUCACCCCAAAUGAAUAGCAUUUAAUUUCCAGAGCCUCCCUUUGACGGCUGCCUGAUCCGUUUUUGAUUUUCGUGAAACCAACACCAUCCCUUAUUGUGCGCACUAUUGGCUUUUUUUUUUUUAAGGUAAGUUUGAGAUCUUAGCGGUGCUUCCUCGUUCUCCUCUGGCUGAUGGAGAUCAUCGAUUUUUGCGCACUUGAGCUUUGUCUCCAUCCCUGCCGCUGAUCCUGGAUCAGUCUGUGCUCGGGGAUGUAUGAUGUCAAUGAACUGGGCACACCGUAGCUGCCUUUUCCCGCGCAUUUAAUGCCACGGGGUAUUGAGAUAUAUGCAUCGUUUGGGCAUGUUAUCGGUAACUUUGGUUCUCUCUCGUGUGCUCGUACAGGGUUUAUAUACGAUUUUAAAGGGAUUCUGUUGAUGUUCGGUUUCUCUCAUUUUGUUUUUGUUGUUGGCUCUUUAAAGUAUUGACUGGAUUUUGAAUAUGACUGACUUCCAAUUAUUUCUGUAUCACCGUCAGGCCAUUUUUAAUGAAAAAUGGUGUUUUAAAGUACUGCUGCAUAACAAGUGUUUUUUGCAUUCCUGCAAAUAAAUUUUUGUAAAAGGAAA